GCGGUUACGGUUGCGCAGUCGGAGUGACCCUCCCCUUGUGUGUGUGGGUACCGUAGGGCUGCUGCUACUGCUGCCGCCACUGUUGUUUCCCAGCUACUGCUAACAUCCCACGUCUUCGGACAACACAGCCCUCGCUCGCUGUACCAUGUACUGCUAUACAGCCCGUCGCAGAUGUUUUAUUCGCGAUCGCCAGGACACGAGAGAGUACUCGAUUCGAGCGAAGAGACCGUGGCGCAUCAAUCAAACGCAUUGUCAUUCCCGAACUACCAAGCGCAAUGCAGGCUGAGUUCGGCUACGACGCGACACGCAGCCUUUUCGGCGCAAACAUGCCCACCCACGAGUGGUUCCAGAGCACUGGCACGUGCGGGAGCUUGUGGGACGAGCACUGGGCUGACCCGCUGGGGCCCCAGGGACCCGCACACGAUCCCAGUGACAAACCUGGGGAGGUCUCGGCCGCCCCAGUUUGGCACUCGAAUCAACGGCGUGCGAGUGGGCGAGUCGCAUCACUCUACGGCGACUCUGACCACAACUGCAACAUGAAGGAUGGCGACCUGAACAGUAACCGCAUCACCGAUGACAUCUUGGACAUUUGUGACGCGUACAACAGUGGGCCUCGUCCGUCUGCAAGUGACGCCAUAAACUUUAGAUCAGAAAGUUCAGUGCAGGUGGGGACACAUUUUUCUGAAGACGGAAGUGCCAUGAGGCUUGAGAGUGGCAUUGAUAUGUUGCCUUUAACCAACGAGAUGUCUUCAUUUUGGGAUGCUCUGUAUGAGUUUGAAACCGAUUUCACUGGUGGUGGUGGAUCCAACCAUGCGUUGAGUGAUUUUGUCUUUGAGGACAUAUCUUCCCAGGGUGCGGGCAUCAUCGAUGCACAACCUACGAGGCCAAUAAAUUCUGAGAGCCAUGGUGGAAUGUUAAAUGGUGACGAGCAAGCGACAGAAGGUGUGGAAUUGGCAGAAGAUGUUGGGGAAGCCAAUGGUAGCAAUCCACCAGCGGCGGCGAGUGGCGAUGGCGGUGGUGAAACCGCGUUUGUGGGAAACGCCGAUUUUUUGUCACGCGAUGCGAUCGUCCCCAACGCCAGUCCAUCCCGCCUGGAGCGGGAUGAGGUGGUGAAAGCUGGCACGAGUGAGGAAAGUUCUACAGGAGGUCGAGAAGAAAGAGGAGGAGGAGGCGGAAAGCGGGUGGUGCGUAGCAGGAAGCGACAGAAGGAUACGGGAAAGGAAAAGGAGGGACUCUUGACCACACUUGCAGCAAGGAAUAAAUAUCUUAAAGCCGAAGCCGAGCGUCUUGCUGAGGAAGUGGCUGCAGCCAAACGUCGACUCAUCGCCUCCAUUGUUGGCUCCCCUUGAAAGAUUUCGUGGGUGGAAAAAGAAGCAAGUGUAAUUGUCAGACUGGUCAUGAUUUCACAACUUACAUUGGUUUAGUAAAGUUUUAGGAGCGCUAAUGGGCAUAUCGAGAAUCCUAAAUACCACGAGAAUAAUUACUCGAACAAGAUGUAGAGAAGUUUAAAACAAACAUUUGUGACCUACAAGAAAGUUAGCGCACGCAUUGGGAAAUUGUCUCUCAAAUUUGAGUUUUACAAGAUGAUGGACAUCAUCAAAUAACAGCCUCAGUCUGCACUCUUCACUGUUCUCCGCUGAAAAUACCGAAAAUUGACGUCCGUUUUUAAGUGGACUUGACCAUAGCAUGCUUAUUUUUAGAACAUCGGUUAAGUGUAUACUUUUUAACCUACUAAUAGCUUAUAAAAUGAAUUAUAAUUAUCACCGUUUACAAGCAAGAUCUUUGUAACCCAGUUAUGUUGAGUGGUAGGUCUUGUUGGUAAUUGCUAAUGUUAGUUUUAAAAUGUAUGCUCAUGUUAAAAUCCUGCAUUUGAAUGUCACAACUUAAAAAAAAACUACGGUUCCUUUCACUAAAUUUGACCAAGUCUCACUUGUCAAAGAUAGUGAAUCUCAACCUAUCCCAAAAAUAUUUUGAUAAAUAUUUACUGUUUAUGUUAAAUAUACACGAAUCUGUUAUACUGUAUUAGUUGUAUACUGUAGCUAUAUUAGCCUCUCUUGCAUGUUAAAUGGCUAAACAAUUAUAUCAUUGGCGUUAAGGCUAUGGUAAUCAUCGGUGUUUGAUAUGUGGUAUCUUUAUUCAUGGUGAACAUGUAUUCUUAAUUACACCCAAUUAAACAAACUUGGAAGUAAGAAAUGAA